AUGCACUUCACCGGUCAAUCAGGCUUGGAAAUGGCCACUGGUACUAUUGAUAAUUUAUUGAUAACCAUACCCGAUGUUAGUCUUGUGAAUAGUACUAAUGAUACUUAUAAUCAUUCACAAACACAAUAUCAAUAUAAAAGUCAACAAAUGUUGACUCGUAUGGAUUCCAUUGAUUCACAUCACAUUCCAUGGAAUAAUAUUACAGAUGAUGCAAAUUAUUCGGAUGUUAUAUCUCAGGCUGAACGUGCCAUUGACGGUGGAAUAUUACCAUUGAGAAUUGCACAAGGUUCGAGUGGAAGUUAUUUUGUACGAAAUUUAGAAGGAAAAACAAUUGGAGUGUUUAAACCAAAAGAUGAAGAACCGUACGGUCGACAUAAUCCAAAAUGGAGAAAAUGGCUACAAAAGAAUUGUUGUCCAUGUUGUUUUGGUCGCUCGUGUUUGGUACCAAAUCAAGGUUAUCUCUCUGAAGCUGGUGCCAGUCUUAUCGAUACAAAAUUAGGAUUAAAUCUUGUGCCAAAAACGAAAGUAAAUUAUUCUAUCAUUACAGGGUAGUCCAAAACAAACUUACCUCCUCUGUAUUUAUUGUCUUUCUUGUGUACAAAUAUAACUGAACUUUUUAGAGAUCAGUUUAGUCGAGUAGAGUAAAGAUUUCUGGACAAAAUGAGACGUCUCUGAGCUCUGUACGAGCUUUUCUCAUGAAACAGCAUUCAAUUUACGGACGGCCCUAAGAGCGUAUCUUUCUUGUUUUCUCGUUAAUUGUCCUGAUAUUUUUGGUAAGGGACCUUCCGUCCAAGCACGUGGAGAUGAGUUUUGAUAGCAGUCCAAACGUAUCUAAACCAUUUUUCUAUAGGUUUUCUACGACGCUGUUUCCAAUCGAAUGGUUUUCGAGUUUUAAAAAAGUUUU